AUGGCCGAUGAAGAAGUCAUAUCGCAGACGGCUGGCAAGCCAGUCACGAGAUUGCACAUUGAUCCCCUUUACACCAGAGAGCCUCCUAUCUUGGACGAUCUCAUCACCGUCACUUCAACCGCGCAGGAAAGUACCAUGGAUGCAUGUUUGCCUCUGCUAAAGGCACAAGAUGACAGUAUCGAAUUCAACAUACAUGGCGUGCCACGCCUUAAUCGCAAAAGGAUCAUCAACUUUUUACGCCACACCUUGGGACAACUUCCGGCACCAUUUGUAAUGGCUGAUGCCAGCCGACCAUGGUCCCUGUACUGGGCUCUAAACGGCAUGUCGCUAGUAGGAGAAGACGUCUCGGACCUGCGCGAAGGACUCAUUGCCACGGCUCAGCAUCUGCAAAACGACAGUGGAGGAUUUGCUGGCGGGUUCGGCCAAACGUCACAUCUCGCGACUACGUACGCAACGGUCUUGGCUCUAGCUAUAGUUGGUGGAGAAGACGCCUAUGAAGUCAUUGAUAGAAGAUCAAUGUGGAAGUGGCUUUCCUCUUUGAAGCAGCCCGACGGAGGGUUCUCGAUGUCGCUUGGAGGCGAAGUUGACGUCCGAGGAGCGUACUGCGCGGCUGUCGUUAUUUCGUUACUGAAUAUUCCGCUCGGUUUGUCAUCAGAUUCUCCGGCAAGAGCUGCCGGGAUAGAAGACCUUCUGACUGGCCUGGAAAGCUACGUGCGCAGAUGCCAAACCUACGAAGGUGGUAUUUCCGGGAAACCGGACGCCGAAGCGCAUGGUGCAUAUGCGUUCUGCGCUUUAGGCUGUCUUUCCAUCCUUGAUGCACCACAUCGCAUCAUCCCAAGAGCUCUCGAUGCACCACGGCUUAUUUCGUGGCUUUCGGCUCGCCAAUAUGCCCCAGAGGGUGGUUUCUCUGGUCGCACGAACAAGCUUGUCGACGGCUGCUACAGUCACUGGGUAGGAGCUUGCUGGCCCCUCUUGGAAGCCAGCCUUACAGAUGGCCCAAAACGCACCGAUGGAGCAGACUCUGCUCGCAGUUUCUAUGACCGUGAAGGCCUUAUUCGCUAUAUCAUGGGCUGUGGCCAAGACCAUUCUCCUAGAGGAGGUAUGCGAGACAAGCCAGGACGACGUUCCGAUGCAUACCAUACAUGCUACGUACUUAGUGGCCUCUCUUCUGCGCAGCACAUUGUCAGCUCGGCCACACCACAAGUUGAGCAGGUGGCAAACGUAGCGUGGUCCGUAUUACCCCAUCCAGGCGAUCAAGUCUUUGACGUAGAAGACCUGAUUGAACCUACUGAUCCCGUUUAUGCAAUUCCUCAAAGGAGCCGAGAGCAGAUGAUGGAAUACUUCUUAUCGAAGCCAGGAUUUUGA